ACAUUAACCAUGCGAUCCCUGUGGUUCCUCAUGGCUCUGCUGGCCCUGAGCCAGGCCCUGCCCUUCGAGCAAAAGGGCUUCUGGGACUUCACCCUGGAUGACAGCUUGCUGAUGAUGAAUGACGAGGAGGCCUCAGGCGCUGGCACGGCCUCUGGUGCCCCGGACCUGGAUUCACUUACCCCGACCUUCAGCGCCAUGUGUCCUUUCGGCUGCCACUGCCAUCUACGAGUUGUUCAAUGCUCCGACUUGGGUCUGAAGACUGUGCCCAAGGAGAUCUCGCCAGACACCACCCUGCUGGACCUGCAGAACAAUGACAUCACCGAGCUGCGUAAAGAUGACUUCAAGGGCCUGCAGCACCUCUAUGCACUCGUCCUGGUGAACAACAAGAUCAACAAGAUACAUGAGAAGGCCUUCAGCCCCCUGAGGAAGCUGCAAAAGCUCUACAUCUCCAAGAACCAUCUGGUGGAGAUCCCACCCAACCUGCCCAGCUCCCUGGUAGAGCUCCGUAUCCACGACAACCGCAUCCGCAAGGUGCCCAAAGGCGUGUUCAGUGGGCUCCGCAACAUGAACUGCAUUGAGAUGGGCGGGAACCCCCUGGAGAACAGUGGCUUCGAGCCUGGAGCCUUUGACGGUUUGAAGCUCAACUAUCUGCGCAUCUCCGAGGCCAAGCUCACUGGUGUCCCCAAAGACCUCCCCGAGACCCUGAAUGAACUCCAUCUGGACCACAACAAAAUCCAGGCCAUAGAAUUGGAGGACCUGCUUCGCUACUCCAAGCUAUACAGGCUGGGCCUGGGUCACAACCAGAUCCGGAUGAUGGAGAACGGGAGCUUGAGCUUCCUGCCCACCUUACGGGAACUACACUUGGACAACAACAAGCUAUCCCGGGUGCCUGCGGGCCUUCCAGACCUCAAGCUCCUCCAGGUGGUCUACCUGCACUCCAACAACAUCACCAAGGUGGGCGUCAAUGACUUCUGCCCCGUGGGCUUCGGAGUCAAGCGGGCCUACUAUAACGGGAUCAGCCUCUUCAAUAACCCUGUGCCCUACUGGGAGGUACAGCCUGCCACCUUCCGCUGCGUCACUGACCGUCUUGCCAUCCAGUUCGGCAACUACAAGAAGUAGAGGCAGCGGCAGUCGGGCAGGGUCUUCAGGAACCCAG